AUGUCUACCGACCACGGUCCGGCACAAACCGAAAGAACCCUGGAUGCCACCCCUACCCCUUUUGUUGGCUGUGUCGAGUGUCGCACUCGCCGAUUACACUGUGAGACGGACGCUGCACAUCCUCGCCAGGCCUGCGGAAGUUGCGUGCGGAAUGGAUAUAUUUGCUCUCAUUUGACAAGUACUGCCUCCGCUCCACAAUCAUCACGCUCUGCACCGCAAAAUCGAGUGCAAAAGGCGAAAGAUCGCGCUCCCAAGCGGAUAGCUUGCGACUGGUGUCGCCGACAAAAAGUCCGUUGCUCUGGGGAUUCGCCAUGUAGUGCGUGCGCUGUACGUGAUCAAGCAUGCGUGUAUCCUUCUGUCAGCAGACGACAAGCCAACCAUGUCACUCCUGCUGCUCAUGGUUGGCAAUCUGUCCCUGGUCACGGCCCUUCAAAUGCCUCACCGUCAUUGAAUAUGCAGCCCGGCGACAUCUACCAAGCUCCAGCUCCUGUGCCUCGUCUACGUAUUUCUAGAAAAGUGCCAGACACCAUCAAACGCGACUACUAUCUAGAUACGGACAAAGAACUCAUUGCAGAGUACAUAGAAGCCUUCUUCCGCUUUGUAUAUCCUGUCAGUUGCAUGAGCUUCUUACAUCAACCGACGUUUUUACGCCAAUGGCACACUCAUACCGUCAAUGUAUCGCUGCUGAAAGUCGUCUGUGCGUGUGCUCUUCGCGUCUUCCCUACAACUGAAGCAGACAACGAUAGAGCAGCACAUUGGAUACAUGAAGCCGAGCUAGACGCACUCCAAAACCUGGGAGAUCUGACCAUCCCUCGCCUGCAGGCCCUGACGCUGCUCGCUUUCUUCGAAUUCACCUUCCACAUACACUCAACAAAAGCUCUCAUGUUACUAGGGUUAGCAGCCCGUCUAGCCUUAGCAAAGCGUCUCAACUACGAAGACCAUACCUUGUUGGUAGUUGAGCAGGAGUCCAGAAGACGUCUCAUGUGGACUAUCUUUGUCCUCGAUAAGUUCUGUUCCGGCGGUGUCGCUGAGCUGACUCUGGUUUCUGCCGAACGCAUGGAGAUUCGCCUUCCCACGAUCGAACGUGCUUUUGGUUUUGGACGGCGCACUGACACAGAGGUUCUUCGCCCUCAACCCCAAGAGGGCGUGCCAAACAGUAACGCAAAGGGUAUGGAUGAGUUUGCCUAUACCAUUCGUCUGAUAGACCUACUGCGCAAUAAGAUACACAAAUUCACCAAGCACGUUCUUUCCAUGAAUGAGAGUUUAUAUACAUCAGCACAAAAGAUUCUUGCUCUAGACUCGGCAAUUGACGCGAUCGACCGACAGAUACCACAAGACCUCAGAUGGAACAAGAUGCACCUCCAGAAACGGAUGUAUGCUCCAGGUCUCUCUAGCUACAUCAUGCUGCACACUUGGCGUCUGCAAUGCAAACUCGACCUACAUCGUCUCACCAUGUUGGGAAACAAAGAAUGCAUAUCGGAAGUAGCGCUGCGAAAUACGCCUUUGGCUUUCGCUCAGGAAUUGAGAUCGAAAUGUCUGCUGCAUGCCAUCGAGUUGACGAACAUGUGGGCAGAAGUGCUAGACCUGAACCUCGCGAAACCAGUGCAUGAUGCAGCCAUAUCUGGCUGUGCACAUCAAUGUGCAAAAAUCUUGAGUCUCAUGCCUGUGCAAGUCGGCUAUACGGAAGAGAACAGAGCCACCGCUGUGUACGUCUGCCAGAUGAUGAUCGAGCCACUGAAAGAUAUAUUCCCAAAGGCCAAGAUCUUGUAUGAUGACGUCUGUCGUAUGAGAUCGAAUAUGAAUACGGCUUCGAUAUCAGACCCCUCCAAUGCGAUACAACAUAUAGAUGAGCACGAGAUGGGAGUGACGAUCCCGGCGAACGAUGAGGACCAUGUCAGAAGCUUGCUCAACCAAUACAAUGGAUGA